AUGGACGUGUGGACUGUGGAUUGGCCACGCCUCCACAGCUGGCGGAUCCCGUUUCCGCAGGUGAAGAAGAAGAAGAAGCGAUUGGCGCGCGACACGAACGGGCGGCGACUCGGUGAGUCGUGGCGAGGGGCGUGGCCUGAUCGGUGGCGGCAUUCGAGCACGAUGUCGUCGCAUGCGGUGUGGACCGGCAACGGUCAUACGAUUCUGUACGCUCCGUACCGUUACGAGAAUGUUGUCGGUCCGGAACAUUUCUGGAAUCCUAGCGCUGUACAUGCGUUCUUCGCUCGACACUGGAGCUCAUCCAUCUAUUUAGCACUCGGCUAUGUGGCUAUUAUUAACGUCAUGCAACGAAUUAUGGAGAAUAGGAAACCUCUAAGCAUGAGAACCGUAUUACUUUUAUGGAAUGGUGCUUUGGCUAUAUUCAGCAUGAUGGGCACUUGGCGAUUUGGUCUUGAAUUUUUCAAUGUGCUUUGGACUAGACCAUUCACGGAUUCGGUCUGUUUCUCAGUGGAUCCUACUGGUCCGGCAUCAUUUUGGGCAUGCAUGUUCGCGUUUUCGAAAAUUGCUGAACUUGGAGAUACGCUUUUCCUGGUACUUCGGAAGCGACCUGUGAUCUUUUUGCAUUGGUAUCAUCAUGCUGUUGUACUCGUCUACUGCUGGCAUUCCGCUGUCGAGUUGACCGCCGCAGGACGUUGGUUCAUCUGGAUGAAUUAUUUCGUGCAUUCGAUCAUGUACACAUAUUACGCUAUCGUGUCGACAGGUAUCCGAUUGCCCAAACGGCUUUCAAUGACCGUCACUGCCCUACAGACAACGCAAAUGCUCAUUGGUGUCAUGAUCUCCGUCUACGUGCUUUACCUCAAGCUGAAUGGCGAGGUGUGUCAACAGUCUUUCGACAAUCUUGCCAUCUGCUUUGCUAUCUAUGCGUCGUUCCUAAUACUUUUCUCGAAAUUCUUCAACACAGCCUACCUCGUGAAAAGGCAGCCUAAGCCGGCUGUGAAGACGGACUAG